AUGGUGCUCGAGCCCACGGGGUGGUACUCGUACGACGAGUUCGCCUAUGUGUUCUCCCGGCUACGCCACCCGGAGGAAUACGCCUCUAUCGCAACGAAGAUCGCAGUGUGGAAGUCUCGCGCAAAGGUGCCUGCAGCGGUGACGGCGACGGAGUCGCUAAUCAGCGCCGUGGUCGCGGAUCACCAGUGUUCAUUGUCGGAGUCCGGCCUGCGCAGCCUGUAUGCGAUGGCCGUCAUACGCGCUGUGAACCUGUUGCUAGACCACGAGCAGGAUCGCGAGUACGCCCGCAGCUUGCGAGUACUCGCAAAGGAAUGCGAACUGCCCGAGUACAUCAUCACGGUGCGCAACGAAUGCUCGCAUCGGGAGAUCCCCGACCUGAACACGCUGCGGCUCGCGGCAUUCGAUGCCAUAAACUACGUGUACAAUAAGUACUGGUCGGCGCAGCACAAGAGCAUCGUGUUCAAGCUGAGCAACCCGGAAUACGACGCGCUGUGCAUGUCGUCACUGCUAAUUGGCUGCUACAGCUCGGCGCUAACCAAGCUACCUUUGGACGCCGCCGAUCCUUGCGUAUUGUGGGCAGGUUAUCGUGGCGGUGGAUCUGAGGCUCGUCUGGCGUUGUGCAGGCGGGACCAUGUGUUCGAUUCGGCCGUCAUCACAGCACGACGCCUGGUCACAAUAGCUACCAGGCGGUCAUAUCUGUCCAUGUGGCGCCGCAUCCACUGGAAAUACAAAGCUGUAGACCACGCGCAUUCCUGGGAAGCCAGAUCGCUGUAUCAGAGCGUCAUUGUAAAAACCGCUGGUACAGCUCGGCGUCUGGCUGACGGUUGCGCCCACCAGACUUUCUUUGUCUCAGCGUUUGUGGAGUUUGUGUUCGCCCACUUCGAGCCGGACGCAAACAGCGUCUUUAUAGUGUUCAUGCUGGAAUUCCUGGACCAUCUGCCUUUCAACUUCGCUAUAGAGCUAGCGGCAGCAGCUCUGUGCAUAGUGUUCGACCUCCCCGACGGCCUGACUGACGAGCAAAACCGUAAGCAACGGCCAAUGUAUUUCGAUCGCAUCGCUCAAUACUCGAAGUUUUUAUCCUCAACCGCUGCCACAAGCGUUCGGAGCGUGCAGUCUGGAGCGAGCCGAGCCCUAGAGCAGGAAAGCGCAGAGCCUGGCUCAGCUCGCCGCCGAGUUAACGCGUGGCUGAUUUCGAUGCUCUCGUGGGCCAAUAUGUUUGAGCACAAGCGCUACUGCCACCGGCUGCCGAUGUGCAUUCGCACCCUCGCCUGCGGCGUGACUGCCGACGCGCAGCGACUUUGGGUGGCCUGUGGUAACGGACUUGCCCGGUUUGCAGCAGCUACACACGCACUGUUGCCAAACGUCGCAGUGCAGCUGUCGUAUCGCGGGACGUUGCUUCCAGCUGGGCUGCGGUGGAACCCGCAACCCUGGGAGUCUGACCGCCUAUCCCACGCUCUGGGUAUGCUCGCCUGGAUAUCCGGAUUCCUCGAAAACGGUCUGAUUAAAAAAUACGUGUUCUCCAGCCUGAGCACGUCGGAAGUCCAGAAAAGGCUAAAAUCGCUAAAGGGGGAAAGGAAAGUGCACGUGACAACUGUGGACAGAAUGUUGCUACCUGGCACUCUCUGGGACCCCGUUCGUUGGCGCAUCCAACACACCGUGAGACGUUUGGGGGAGUCCCAUGCAUGCCACUCGCGCGUACUCUCCGCCCUGGAUGAGGCGUCCGAGCGCUGCCCCGUCCUCCUGCCUAGCAAAAUCAGCCGCCGGUUCCAGCGGUCCGCGCGGCGCUCCACCAAACCGUCGGCGGGAAACCACCACGGCAUACGCGCCCUGAUGCAAAUAUACGGGCAGUUGGCGGCACCCAUCAAGUCACUUGCCCAUAGAGAACGCUACUCUUAG